AUGCUGGCUCCAUAUGGCCCUCACCCGCUCCUGACAGCCCCCAGCCGGGCACCAUCCAUCAUCCGGCCCGCAGCCUCACUUGUUAUCAUCUCAGCCCCGGAGCGCACCAGCCCGAUCGGGGGAAAAGGAGCUGGGGAAAUUGGGUUGGGAAAGAAGUCGGUGGUAGGUCGCUGGUAUGUGGCGAACAAUGCCAUGUUGUCUGGAGUGCUACCACCUCAAGGCGGGACGGGAGACGGCACAGUCUGUCGGCGCGAAGGGGGGAUGCGCUUGAUGCGUCUGACGGAGGAGAUUACGGCUGUCAGAUCGGUGUGCAGAGUCAGGGAGCCGGGAGAGCACCCCAGGGCGACAGCCAGACAGCCCCUGUGA